AUGGGUGAAAUUACACAGAAACCCCCUCAUCUAGAGAGCAUCUUCCUCCCUGUCCUUCUCAAAGGAAGCUUCCACAUCCUCCCACCAAACCACCGUCCCUCUCGAAUCCACCCCUCUCCUCUCCAAAUCCCAACCCCGCCCCCUCUCUCCUCAACCCCAAAACCUUCCGCCAUCGACGGCGCCGGCAUCCUCGACCUCCCUUACUCCUUCAAGCGUACCGAAUGGCUCUUCAGCCUUUUCACCCUCUCCAUCGUCACCCUCCUAACCUACCACUACCUAAUGCUCCUCGUCCACUCCCAAAAGAAGCUCAAGCAAUUGGGACAAUUUUCCAAAAUAUCCUCCUUCAGUGACCUGGGUUUUAUCAUGUGCGGCCCCGUCGGCAGGUUUAGCGUCGACGUGAUGAUCGUGCUCUCCCAAGCUGGGUUCUGUAUUAGCUACCUUGUAUUUAUAGCUAACAUAUUGACUUAUGUCUUUAACUGUUCGACGAAAUUGACCAAUGGGGUUGUCGUUGAAAGCUAUUUAUAUAUGGGGGCUUUUUCUGUUUCAAUCGGGGAAGAAAUAAAGGAUAUUAUCACUACGAAUUUGGGGCUGGGGUUGAUGAGCAAUCUGGUGCAGUUGGGUUUGCAGUUUAUAUAUGAUGAAAUGAAUUGUGGGCAACUACUUUUAUUUAAGAGCAAUUAUGAAACAAGGGAUUGGGAUGGUUUUGCCGUUCAAUCGGAGAAGAAAGACAAGAAAGAGUUUGAAAAAAUUUUGGGUUUGUCUGUGUUGCCAGCUUCCAUGGAAUUAUGGGUGUUUUUACAGGUUAGGGGAUGUUCAUGUCCAAAACAUAUAGAUGAAGGGGUCUCUGUGUAA